AGCCCUAAUUUAGGGUUUUGGCUUUUUUCUCUCACCGGACAAAAAGAAAGCUCUGAACUUUCUUUCGCCUCUUUUCCAGCCCAAUUAACCUUUCUCUUCCUUGUCUGCGCUUCCCUCCGUUACCCGAUAUUCAAAAUAUCAUUAUUUUUUUACUUCCUUCAGUUUCAGGAAAGCAAUAAUAAGCAAAUAAAUCAACGACUUUUGUUUCGAAUCUGCUUUCCGGGCUCUUUGGUGAAACAAGGACUGUACAUUGAGAUGGAGACUGCAAUUGUUCCUGUUAACAUGCCUGAUACACCUAUUACUCCUACUGAGAACGGUGAGCCACUUGGUUCUGAAGUACAGCCGAAUAAACGGAGGAGGAAGAAGUCUAUUGUCUGGGAUUAUUUUACUGUGGAGACUGUUGGAGAUGGAUGUAUCAGGGCCUUCUGUAAUCAGUGCAAAAAAUCAUUUGCUUACAUUACCGGUUCAAAGCUAGCUGGAACUAGCCACCUCAAAAGACACAUUGCAUUGGGUAUCUGCCCCGUAAGUCAGAGAAAUCAACAGACACCAGACCCUAAAACUGGUAAUGCUGUUGACGAAUCAUGGAAAAGACAACGAACAACUCAGAGAAUUGCAAACAUCCCUUUUAACCAGGAAAACUGCAACCAUGAGAUAGCUAAGAUGAUAAUAAUGCAUGAGUAUCCCCUCCACAUUGUAGAACACCCUGGUUUUAAUGAUUUUGUGCGGACUCUUCAACCACAGUUCAAUAUGGUGAGUUUCAACACUAUUCAAGGAGAUUGUGUCGCAAUGUACUUGAAAGAGAAGCAGAGCCUUCUCAAUUUUAUCAAUGAAAUUCCAGGUCGGGUCAGCCUUGCAUUAGAUUUGUGGAUUUCAAAUCAAACUGUGGGUUAUGUUUUUAACAGGACAAUUCGUUGAUACUGAGUGGAAUUUGCAUCGCUGCCUGCUUAAUGUGGUCACAGUACCGUUUCCUGAUUCAGAUGGUGCCUUACAGCAAACUGUUGUUUCUUGUCUAUCUGAAUGGCAUUUGGAGAAUAGGCUAUUUACCCUUACUCUUGAUCAGUCCUUCUCAAAUGAGAACAUAAAUGAAAGCCUACGAGCUCUGUUUUCUGGCAGGAAUCCUUAUGUGCUUCAUGGUCAGUUAUUGAUUGGAAAUUGCUUUGCUCGUGUUAUAAGUCUUCUUGCACGAGAGGCACUAUGGUCUGUGGGGGCAACUGUGAAUAAAAUCCGGGAAAGUGCGAAGUUUGUGAAAAGUUCAGAUACUCAUGAAGAGACGUUUUUCCAUCUUAAGGAACAACUUAAGGAGCCUAGCACGAAAGACAUAUUUAUCGAUGAUCAAACAAAAUGGAACACAACGUAUGACAUGUUGGUGGCUGCCUGCGAACUAAAGCAGGUAUUUCUGUGCUUGGAGACCUCCUUUCUUGAUUAUAAUAUAGCCCCAUCAAUGGACGAUUGGAAGCAAAUAGAAAUUCUCUGCACAUACUUGAAGCUUUUCUUUGAUGCUGUCAGUAUAUUAACUGCCCAAACAUACCCAACUGCCAGUGCAUUCUAUCAUGAGGUGUCAAAAGUUCAAUUAGAGUUGACACAUGCCUCAAUGAGCAAUGACCCAUUUAUCAGCAACUUGACCAAGCCUUUGAAGGAGAAGUUUGAUAGAUACUGGAGUGACUGCUUCUUAGUUUUGGCGAUUGCUGUGGUAAUGGAUCCAAGGUUCAAAAUGAAACUCGUUGAGUUUAGCUUCUCUAGGAUAUAUGGUGAUGAUGCUGGAAUGUGGAUUAAGAUUGUUGAUGAUGGGAUUCAUGAGCUCUACCAUGAAUAUACCAUACAUGAAGUUCCUCCACGCGAAACAUUUGUGGAAGAACGGAAUGAAAGCGGUAUCCCUGAAGAUAAUGGGAGCAUCAUCCCCAAAACUGAACUUCCUGAAAAUGGCUUCCUUCAAGAAGGACUAUCCGAAGAAGGAUACCUUCAAGAGGGACCAUCUCAAGAAGGUGCUUGUCGUGAAAUGCCCCAUGAAGUUGCUUGUCAGGAAAUGCCCCAUCAAGAAGUAGCUUGUCAUGAAGUGCCGCAUCAAGAAGUAGCUUGUCAUGAAAUGCCGCAUCAAGAAGUAACUUGUCAUGAAAUGCCCCAUCAAGAAGUAGCCUCUCAAGAAGCACCUUCCUCGGAUCCCCUUAUUUCUAUUGGAGAUGGGCUUUCAGAUUUUGAGGUAUAUAUCUCCGGGAUCAGUGUUAGCCAGCAAACAAGAUCUGAAUUGGAUCAAUAUCUAGAAGAGUCACUUUUGCCUAGAGAACAUGAUUUCAAUAUUCUGAGCUGGUGGAAACUAAACAAGAAAAAGUAUCCUAUUCUUUGGAGGAUGGCUUCUGAUAUUUUGUCAAUCCCGUUUUCUACUGUUGGUUCUGAUUUUGUUUUUGACACGGAUAGAAAAAAGAUGGAUAAUUACCACAGCUCAUUACAUCCAGUGACACUUGAAGCUCUCAUCUGCGCAAAGGAUUGGCUUCAGUAUGGUGGAGUAUCACAGAGUUCCGAAUGAAUUGUGAAGAUGGAAUUCUAGAGUGUAGAUUUUGUUUUCUGUCAUAUUUUGCAGGAUAUGAUAGUGGUGAUUCUCAUGUCAGCAUAAUUCCUCUACGCCUUAUAUGUUCUUAGAUGUUUUAUUGGAUUCUUAAUAGCCGCUAAUGGAAUUGGCAUCAUUCUUAGUUUAGUGAAUCAAAUUUCUUUUGAUUCACAUAAA